CUUCGUGUUCAAUCCACAUCUCCAAACUUUUAAGCUUAAGACAUGACCAAAUCAUUUUUCUCCUAUUCGUUCUUCUUCAGUAUCUCUCUUCUCCUCCUUUUCCUCGUGGAGGCUUCGACAACCGCAUCUGCAAGGAAUGUUACUAGCGACGACUUGAGAUAUAACGGAUGUGCCCCAGGAGACACCAUCAAAGAAUGCAUAACCGCGGGAAUAGAGGAUGAUGAGGGAGGACUUGAGGCUGUGGUGCGGCGGAUUCUGCAACAACGAAGGUAUUUAAGCUACGAAACUUUACAGAAACAGCCGACUUGUGAUGGUAGAAUCGCCGGUAAUUGCAUAGGAACUAUUAAUUCAAGAGGAUCAACUUGUACUUACUACCAGAGAUGCAAACGUGCAGUCUAACUAGUUCUUUAAUUUUCUUCUUAAUUAUGUGUGUUUUAAUGAUGAUCUUGUGAUUAAAAUGUAAAAGUGUUUAAAUUAACUACUCUAAUAAGAAAGGAGAGAUUCUCAAAAAUAGCACUAAA